AUGACCGCCGAAGCAACAACAAAACUCCCCCCGGGCUGGUGGAUCAGAACCCACGAUGGCUCAUUUGCUGGACCUCCGCCAAUCCCACAGGACUACACCAACGACGACGAUAGCGAAGUCGACGGCGUGGAUGGCCAAAGCGUGGUAGACGACGAAGGUGGCCUCGACAUCCGCCCCGACUCACCAGGCUGGGAGGACAUGGAGGCCGACACCGAAUCGCUGACCGUGCAGUGCCUACUUUGUCCGCAACAGUUCUCCUCGCCGAAUCUUAUGCUCGAGCACUGCAGCAGUAGCCAUAACUUCGACUUCGUCAACGUCGUGCGAUCGCGAGGCCUGGACUUCUAUGGAGCGAUUAAACUCGUCAACCUUGUUCGAUCGCAGGUGCCUGGUUUGGCGAAUCCGGAUCAAUUGGCGGUGGCAUCGCUGGACUCGGACGAUCUGCUCAAGCCUGUGCUGGAGAACGAUGCGCUGCUGUUCAGUCUGGAUGAUGUGGUCGAUUUUGAAGCUCUGGCUGAGCAGACGCAGGAGGAAGCGGCGGGCGUCGACAACGCUGGAUGA